ACAUGCGCCGUCUCUCUUCCUGACUCGGCGUCGACCUUCGGAGGCUGCUCGGCGCGGCGGGGCUGAGGGGGGCGAGGGAGCGGCGAUGCCGCGGGGCUGGGCGCCGGCGGCGCUCUGGUGGCUCCUGUGGGGCUGCCGCUUGUGGGACGCGGCGCGGGGCUCCGAGGAUAUCGUGGUGGGCUGCGGGGGCUUCGUCAAGUCCGACGUGGAGAUCAACUAUUCCCUGAUCGAGGUGAGCGCUGCGCCUCCGGCUUCGCCCGCUCUGUGUCUCGCAUUUGAAACGGGGGGGGGGGGCGGGCAGGUGAAGCAGCUCCUGGGGGACUGAGAGGAAGAAGAAGAAGAAAUGGAUCAAGGGCCUCUUUCUCAUUUUACUUACCCUACUUAAUUCAUAAAAUUCAUACUACUUAAUUCAUAAAAUUCCUACAUUGAUUGUGAAAAACAAACACCCACCUCCCAAACCCCUCAAAGCGCCUUACGGAAAGAUAAAGCAGCAGCAUCAAGGAAAACGCACAACCCUAGUUUAAAGCAAGCAAACAUGUUUAAAACUCUUAAGUGGGUUAAAAUCACAUCGACUUUCCAAUAAGGUAUGUUUUUUGGAGGCUCCGAAGAGAGUUCAGCAAAGGCCCCUUGCACAAUCUCAAUAGGCAGCGAGUUCCAAAGUAGGUGCUCCUAUCAAGUUCCUUACCUUGUACUUUUUAGUGCAUGGCACUUAUGUAGCUGUAGGAAACGCUCACCGCAUGCAUAGAGUGGAUUUAUUGCACCACGAUCUCUUUAACGCCUUAGUUGCACAAACCUAAGUUUCCAUUAUGCAGUUAAGCUCCUCUUAUGAAAUACUGACAACCUGAAGGUGUCUUGCAUUCACCCUGCACUAUCCUGCUACAGAAGAGGGAAAGCCUGUUCUGUGACCAGCGCUGAAGCGCAAAGCAGGUUGUGUGCCUUUGCCAGUCCACUCGCGAGAAGUUCUACAGUUUACAGCCAUUUUGUGUGGGGGUUCCUGUUCCUGCCCCCCCCCCAUGUUGACAGAGUGCGUAUAAGUGCCCCCACCCCCAUUGCACUCUUUUUGUGACGUAUUGAGUGAUGCCUUCAGGUUACUUCAGGGUUCAGUGCGGGGUGUGAUUGUGCGUCUUUCAGAUAGUGGCUUCUCCUCUGGGGUGAUCAGACAGGCUAGUAUUUUAUUUUUUUGCAGGCCAGUAACAUUUGUGGGCUUAUUUGCAAGGCUGCUUUAGCCUUUAGUGUAAAGUAGGGUGGGACACCUGUGGCCUUCAGAUGUUGCUGGACUACAAUUCUUAUCAUCCCUGACCAUUGGCUGUUCUGGAUGAGACUGAUGGGAGUUGGCAUCCAAUAACAUCUGGAGGACCACAGGUUCCCUACCCCUGCUUUAAACCAUAGUUAAAAACGUAACUGUAGCUUAAAGGUGAAGGUGCAACAUACGAGGGAUAAAAUGGCUGUUUUGCACUUCCAUGCUCCUGCUCUGCUACUGGGAACUAAGCUUUGCUUUGGCUUAGUGUUACAGCCAAACCUGGGCUUGUGUUUUGUCUCCCUCUGAACAAACUGAGAGUUGUAUCCAAGGUUUCUUCUUAGCAUACUGGUUGUGUUUUGUUUGGAGGAGCCGAACCAUGAGCCUAUGUUUGGACAUAAUGCUGAGCCAAACCAUGGCUUUCCUUCCUGGAGUGGAGCAGGAGGAGGAGUGGGGGGGACAGACAUGAAGCACUUAGUUUUCUUCCUGCUCACCAGCAUAUGGUGUUUUUGCUUUGAAACCAUAUUUUUAAGCUUAAUUGUGUUUUAAUGUGUCAUGCAAACCAAGUCAUUGUGUGCUCUGUAUUUUUUUUCCCAAAAAGCUUUUGAGUGUAUUUAAUAUAAAGAAAAGUGAGGGAUAUGAGUUUAAAAUAAUAAAUAAUUGCUGUAGCAGAAUUACCAUAUUCCAUUGUGGGGUUUUUUGCUUUUAACUUAUAGAUUAAAUUGUACACCAAGCAUGGAACCUUGAAAUACCAAACAGACUGUGCUCCAAAUAAUGGUUACUUCAUGAUUCCUCUGUAUGAUAAGGUAAGCAACCAUAUGGUACCUGAACUGUAACAGCCAGAGGUCGCUAACCUUUUUGCACCUGUGGGUAAAUUUGCAAAUUGGAGAAACCGGGAACACCAUCACCCCACUCCACACCGCUGUCAACCACACACUGCUGCUGUCUGUUCUACAGGCUACAGUGGCAAGUUUUCUUUUUUUUUUUUUUUUUUUUUAAUAAUUUUUAUUAACUGGCCAAUCACAUCAAAUUAAAUCACAUCACAUAAAUUCCAAAUUACAAAGCCAAAUUUUUAAAUUUUGUUGGGGGAACCCAUACUUCAAGAUCCAAAGGGGGAUUCAAAUCAUCUUCUUAUUACUGCAUUAAUGUCCAAAUCAGUCCUAAUCAGUCCAAACAGAGUUCAUAGUUCUAUCCAAUCUUAUCUUGGUGUUUCCACAUCAUAUCUUGUUCAUAUAAUUUUUCUUUUUCCUUUACGAUCUCUUCUGUUAGUCUCCUUAAGCCGAUAAGCAAAUAUAAUAAUCCUGUGUGAAUUUCCCGUUCUUCCAAUCUAAGUCCAGAUGGUUUCCAUAAAUCAUCUCCUUCGUAGAUAACAUCGCUCUUUCCAUCAUAAAUUAGGCAGUUGUCACUCUUAAAUCCCACCGAGGAGUUGGAACACGAUAUGUAAACAACUCUGUUUCUUCUCCUCCCAGACUCAAGAGCUCCGACAGUGCCUCCCAAAAUGGCGACGGCAUUUUUAACUGCGUCAUUCCAAAACUCUUAAAUUUCCAGCUUCGUCUUGGAACAUUGCUUUGGUUCGAAAAUUUAUCUCCACACAGCCUUAAAUCCACAACUUAAGUCCUUAAAACGACAUUUCUGACUCUUUAGGGAGGGGAUUCUUGUUUAAUCACAUAGAGAAAUAAAAGAGAGUUUUCCCCCUCCCCCUCAGUCAUUUGCCGUACCGUAUCUUGACGUAUCUUCUCAUAUCUUAUUCUUGUCUUGUUUUAUCAGAGAUCUCUUCUGUCAGCAGUCUUUACUCCCCUCUUUCCUUGAAGUAUGUGCAAUUUAUCUCGUCCAAAUUGUUUCUUUUGAAGAUUCUUGCAAACUAGUGGCGCGGAUCAGAGACGGCUUCGAGGAGUGCCGGAAUCCCACAGGAGGGCUUUGUGCCUAGUGCCCCCAUCCCCACAAAUUCGGGGUGGUAUAGGGCACAGCAGGCAAGGGCCGUCCCCCCCACAAUCCUGGAGGGGUUAAGGAGGCUAAUUACCCCCAUCAUAGCCUCCAAAUUACCUCAUGUGGGUCGGAGAGAUGUUAUUGUCAGCCAUCUUCCGAUGCGCCCCCUAGUGGCCCCCCUACAGUGGCAAGUUUUCAAGCCUAAUUUUAGCGCUGGGUGAGGGAGGGGCUACCGGUUCCAGGCUAGUGACCCCUAGCGUAGGUCUUUCUUGAAUUUUGAGUUUAUUUUUCCACCCUGCGUGUACAGCUAAUUGCGCAAAAGUUAAAUGUACGUAAGUUGAGGGCAUACUGUACUGUGUACAGUUCGGGUAACUUCACCUGGAAAGGGAUAUUGCAGAAUUGGAAAAGUUUCCAGAAAGGGCGACCGCAAUUAUCAAGGGGAUGGAGUAACGCCACUAAGAGGAAAGGUUGGAGCUUUGGGGACUUGUAAGUUUAGAAAAAAGGUUAGUAAGAGAUGACACAAUAACAGAUUAUAACAUUAUUCUUGGCACAGAGAAGAUGGAUGGAGAAAAGGUUCUGCCUCUCUCAUAACAUUCAGAACUUGUGGACAUCUAAGGAAGUUGAACGUUAAAAGCUUCAGGACAAAUAAAAGAAAGUACUCCACCUAGUGCAUAGGAUUUAUUGGAUACCCCUUAAGAUAGAAGAUAGUCAACUGCUGGGUUUUCUUUAAAAAGCUGUUGCAUUUUUAUUGUAAUUGCAAAAAAUGUUCAUGAUUUCUUUUGUAGGGGGAUUUUGUCCUUAAAAUUGAACCUCCCCUAGGGUGGAGUUUUGGUAUGUAUGUACCUGUUUGUUUGUUUGUAUUUUGAUGGGGUGGGAUAUGAAUUGUUCCAAAUGUUGGUUUUAGAUCAUUUUGGUGUGUAUGUUUUGCUCUGCUCACUUUUGGCAUGGUGUCUGAAAAAAAGAUUUGCUGACCCAAUGUACAGAACUGUGCUGUAACACUGCAGUCAUAUGCAUUCUUAUCUGGGAAUAAGUCCUGGGAAUAACUCACUGAAAAGGACAGUAUAGGAUUGCACUGGACUGAAACUGAGGUUUUCAAAAGUUCAUUUCCAGUGGCAUUUGCUUCUAUAGGUGGCAUAGGGAACCUUUGGUCCUUCAGUUGUGGCUGAACUAUAGCUCCCCACUAUCCCUGGUCCUUGACUGUGCUUGCUGGGACUGAAGAGAGUUGUAGUUUUGCAACCGGAGCCCCAAGCAUUCCUCACACCUGUUCUGUGGUGAUAAAAAGUCAAAAGCUAUAGAGAUAAGAACAGGGCUCUAUGUAGGAUAUGCUGGGCCUUGCAUGGUGAAAAAUGUGCUGUGAUCCUGUCUCUUUGGGGGGGGGGGAAUGCUGCCUUGAUUUUAUUAUCUAUUUACUGAAAGUCUUUCUAAGCUACUUAAUUUUACAAAAAAACCAAACCAAAAACCUGAGCUGUAUAAAAAAAAUCCUUAAAAACCCACAGUAUCAUAACAACAGUAAAACAGCCCAGGAGCAGGUAAAAACAGGAAUUCAGUUUUUAAUCCCUCCCCCUGCAAGUAUAAUGAAAACAACCAAUAAAACAGGUAAACCAAACAGCUCUUUGGAUCACAGCAUUCCAAAAAUGAUGCUAAACCUGUUUGCCUGAUAUUGUCUCCCCUUUCUCAUUACUAAGACUAGGAAUCACUUGCAACUUAUAAAUCUAUUGACCAGAAGUGUUCAAAAUAAUCCACAUAAGGCCCUCCAAACCCGACCAUAGGUCUGUGGGGGUCUUUGAUCUGAUGAACUGAUGUUAACAAAUGCAAUAAAACUGUUCCAAAUGUCAUCAAAUGGGCCUCUUUCUGUCUUCUAGCUACAUGGUGGAGGAAUUCAGAAAUAGCAAGGUCCAAUCUCAUGGGUCAGGGAAACUUUGGCAAAAUGAUAUCAUCUUCACAUGAUGUCCGAAGCAACCAAGGCCACACCCGCCUCAUGUUUCACCACUGUGCAUCCACUCCAUACAUUUAACCACCCUUAUACCAUUUUUAGCAGUCAUGGAUUCCCCCAGAGAAUCUUGGGAACUAUUGUUUAAGGGUACGGAGGUUUGUUAUGAGGUCCCUGUUUUUACAGAACUGCAUUGAUUGGUUUAACAACCAAUCCCUCUUCUCUGCAAGGGAAAUGCUCUUCUCCUAACAACUCUUGCACCCUUAAUAGACUACACUUCCCAGGAUUCUUUGCUGAAAGCUGCAGCUGUUAAAAUGGCAUCAUAGUGCUUUAAAAUGUUUGGGGCAGAUAUGGUUUCAGGAAUGAUGCUUCAUGUAUAGCAGACGCAGAAGACAUUGACAUCAUUUUUCCUCCGUUUAAUGCUUUCCCUUUCAUUCCCUCCCCACCAGAGCCCACAAGCGUGGACAUCCAUGUGGACGGCAUCAAUGACAUUUGCACUAAAGGAGGAGACAUCAACUUUGUGUUUACAGGCUUCUCCGUAAAUGGGAAGGUAAAAGGCCCUUGCUGUUUGACCAUUGCUGCCUCCUUUUGGAGGAGGUGAUGGGGAAGCAGGUUCUCUGUGCUUUCUUCCCUGCAAGCUGAAGAGCUGCUCUGUCCCCUUCUUUCCAGGUUCUCAGCAAAGGUCAGACACUGGGUCCUGCCGGGGUUCUUGUUGCACUGCGGAAUCCGGGUUCGGAGGCGAGCAUACAAGCCACGACCACUCAGCCGGGCGGAAAGUGAGUCUGACUUGUUGCCGCAGGGCUGUAUCUCAUGCUGUAGCUUCAGUGGCGCAGCAGAUUUUUGGGUGUGCAGCAGUUUUUCCACUUCCUCUCCAGCCCACCCUGCCACGCCCACCCUCAAAAUAAACUCUGGAGAGUUGAGGGGCUCCCUGGAGCAUCUUUGGGGAGCACACAGGUGGGAGGAGAGGAAAUGGCAGUCCCAUUGUGCCAGUGGGAUUGCAUAUGUGGAGCAUUAGUUUACAGAGUAUAGGUUAUUUACAUACAGCACUUAGGGCUCACGAGUAUAAAAGCAAUUUACGAGCAUAAAAAUCCAACUGCGCAAGUGUUAAAAUACAGAAAUCCAUAAAUAGCAUGCGCAAUAAAACAACCCCGUUAAAAACAGCACAGUAACUAAAAGAGAAGAAUCUGGCUGGGAGAGCAAGGUAAUGCCUACAUAAAUAGAGUGUGUUGCUUGUAUACCAGAGGUGGUUUUUGGACAGUUAAAUAUGUAGGGCCUGAGCGACUGCGUGAAAGGUUUUGCUUCCGAUUCCUCUCUUACAGUCUGGCAGGGAUUGUUUGAAAAAGAAGGACGGGACCAUAGCUCAGUGGUGAAGCACAUGGUGGGUGGGGUACAAAUAUCAUCAUCGUACGGCACACACUGUUAGCCAGAGCUAUUCUGUUUGUGAACCAGCUUUCCUUUUCUACAGGUAUGCCUUUUUCAAAGUCCUUCCUGGGGAAUACGAAAUCUUUGCUUCCCAUCCAACCUGGAUGCUGAAAGAGGUGAGUGCUGCUGUAAAUGGAAGCGUCGAGCUUGCACACAAAUCUGCCCCAUACGCUGGUGAAGUGACUUUAAGGCUCUGACUUUCUCAGAACAAGAAGGAUCUUUCAAUGGUCAAAAUGGUUUUAUACUUACAGAAAUUACAAAAAAAAAGCCUCCAAAAGUGUAUGUUAACUCUUUUUGUGGAAUUGUGAGACCAACCGUUCACAUUUUUCUAUAUUUCAGGCCAGCACAACUGUAAGAGUGACCAAUUCCAAUGCUUAUGCCUCUGGCCCUCUCGUUGUUGCUGGUUACAACGUUUCAGGAUCCGUCCGGAGUGAUGGGGAGCCCAUGAAAGGGGUCAUGUUCCUCCUUUUCUCGUCGUCAGUAACCAAGGAGGUCAGUUGUACAUCAUGCAAAAGAGAGGGUUGUAGCCAACUAUCCACCCCUCCCGUAGACCUAUUGAAACUAAUGAACCCAAGUUAGUCAUUCCCAUUAAUUUCAAUGGGUUUACCUUGAGUAGGACUAACAUUGGAUACAACUCGGAAUGUUUUUGACAUCUGUGGAGAUGUGAUAUUGGUCUUGUUUUUUUACCCCCUCGUACUGUUUUUGACAAAUGUGCCUAACUGCACUUAAAUGAGCCUGGUCUUCACAGAAUGAGAUAGUGGUAGAGUCAGGCUGUGGAAGAAAGGGACUGUGUCGCUUAAUUCAUUUUAUUCAUAAAAAGUAUUUAUAUACAGUGGUACCUCGGGUUACAUACGCUUCAGGUUAUAUACUCUUCAGGUUACAGACUCCGCUAACCCAGAAAUAUUACCUCGGGUUAAGAACUUUGCUUCAGGAUGAGAACAGAAAUUGUGCGGCGGCGGCGGCACAGCGGCAGCGGGAGGCCCCAUUAGCUAAAGUGGUGCUUCAGGUUAAGAACAGUUUCAGGUUAAGAACAGACCUCCAGAACGAAUUACGUUCUUAAUCCGAGGUACCACUGUAUCUCCAUUAAAACGCAAAAAAGCCAAAACACUUCCAUACAAUAAAAUCCCUAUUAAUAAAGUUAAAAUUAGAAAUCAGCUAACCUUUAUGGAAAGAGGUAUUCUUACUUGCCUGCAUAAAUCUUACAGAAUUGAAAAGUUUUCAAUAGGUAUUUAAAAGCUGAAACAGAUGGUGCCUUCAGAGUACAGAUGGAGGACCACAUUUCUAAAGUUUUACCAACCAUAAGGGAUGGUAGGAGAAGUAUGCCAACAACUUCUAGGGAUCCAAGCUUGAACACUGCUCCCAUCCAUCUGGUUUGUGGGGAACGGCCAAUGCUCCAAAGUAAUUAGACGAUGGGCGGUGUGAGUUUCUCUUGCGUCUUGGGAAGGGGAGGGAGCGAUUCUGUACCUGAGUUCCAUGUGCACAGUCCUGGUUUUUGCAUAUGAAGCAUCUGCUUUGUCUGCUGCUCAGUGAGCCAAAUUCCCUGUUUGUUUACAUGAAGAGGAAAUAUCAUCGUGUGAGUGCCUCUCCAGAUGAAUGGGGAAGCUUUGGCAGCCACAGAGCUCCCAUUUAUGCAUUGGGAAAUUCUGUGCUUCUUGGGGUUCCUUGUUCUCGGUAUAGAGGAUUGUCUGCCUUCUUUUGUACAGGACAUCAUGGGCUGCAGCACCUCUCCAGUUGACGGCUUUCCUGCCAGGGAUGAUUCUCUCGCCUAUCUGUGCAAUGUCAUCUCCAAAGAGGACGGCUCAUUUACUUUUCUGUCUUUGCCGAGUGGGAAAUACACUGUGGUGAGUAAUGAGAGAGCUCCCCGGCCUUUCUGAAUAAUGAUUUCCUCAAAAGUGAAGGCUACAAGCAGGGGUCAUCCGCCUUCUUGGGGCCCAUGGGUGCAGUUGGAGGUCAUAGAAACUGGUGUGUGUGUGUUGACAACAACACUUGCACUCUGCAGCCACACACACCCCCUCAUCUCCCCACUGCAAACAGCAAGUAGGCUUGAAAAAAAUAAAAUAAACUUUUUCCAAACAUAUUUUGUAUGUGUGUGAGAGAGAGAGCGACAGAUUUAUUUGUUGCAUUUAUAUCCAACUUUUUCUCCCGUGAGCUCAAGAUGUACAUGGUGCUCCCCCUUAAGGUAAAGGUAAAGGGACCCCUGACCAUUAGGUCUAGUCGUGGCCGACUCUGGGGUUGCGGCGCUCAUCUCGCUUUAUUGGCCGAGGGAGCCGGCGUACAGCUUCUGGGUCAUGUGGCCAGCAUGACUAAGCCGCUUCUGGCGAACCAGAGCAGCGCACGGAAACGCCGUUUAGCUUCCCGCCAGAGCGGUACCUAUUUAUCUACUUGCACUUCGGCGUGCUUUCGAACUGCUAGGUUGGCAGGAGCAGGGACCGAAAAACGGGAGCUCACCCCGUCGCGGGGAUUCGAACCGCCGACCUUCUGAUCGGCAAGUCCUAGGCUCUGUGGUUUAACCCACAGUGCCACCCGCGUCCCUCUCCCCCUUCAGGUUGAUACAUAUUAUUACAUUGGGCUGUAUCCAACUAAGUAUUACUCAGAGUAUACUCAUUGAAAUGAAUGGCCUAAGCUCAUCAUGCCCGUUAAUUUCUUUACUCUGGUUAUGGCUAACGUUGGAUGCAGCCGAUUGCCUGGAGGGCCCCUAGAUUCAACAGUCACCAUUGCUAGAGAAACACCUCCCACUGUGAUGGAUUGGAUUUUGUCUAGAUUUGUCUUUUGGAGAAACACGUUGCUUAACCUGGGGCUCUGCAUUCUUCUCAGGUCCCCUUUUACCGAGGCGAGAGAAUUAUGUUUGAUGUUGCUCCAUCUAGAUUGGACUUUACGGUGGAGCAUGACAGUUUGAAAAUUGAGGUGAGCUCUUCUCGAAUUACCCUUUUUGCACUUUGGAUAAAUUUAGGUAACGCACAUCGUACGGAUGGAUGUAUCUUAACCUGAAAUAAUCCAGCAAUUCAGAACUAUUUCAAAUGGGGUAGGAGGGAGGAAAAACAGUUCCAGUAUGAUGCAUUCUAAUUCCACCCUUUUUCACCCGUGGUAAAACUACUCAUUGGCAUUCAAAUUCCGGAUAGUGGUUUGUCAAGAAAUGACCAAAAUACUCAAACAUCCCAUUCCAACUUCCCUGCAGCUUUUUUUUUAAAAAAACUGAAUCUAUGGGAUGAUCAAUUGGAAAGUUUCAGCUCUCAGAAACUCUUGAUGAGGAUGCUGGCAAUUGCCAGAACCUCAGUUGCCCCCCCAGUGGAGAACCUUGUAGGAUUUGCGACUUUUGCUUUGGUAUAAGAAUAUGUACAGUUUAGCAUUAGCUGAAAAAAUAACUUCUCAAUCACGUGUUUCCAAAGGCUUGGAGGACCCUGAAAGAUUCUGUGCUGUUUGGUGGGAUUUUAUCUUAUGUACGAAAAAAUGGACACACGGGACUCCCUCUCCGUAGUAUAAUGUAUAAUUUUUGUUUUCCUAAUGGUUUUAAGUACUUUACAAACCUAAUGCUAAAUCCUUCUCAGAUAUACAGUACUUCUGUUAUUUUUAUUGUAUUGAUUUGAUUUACCUCAAUAAAAUCUUUAAAUAAUAAUAAAAAUAUAUUUUUAAAAAAUUGAAAAAUUGUCCAGUGGCACCUUAGAGACCAACUAAGUUUGUUCUUGGUAUGAGCUUUCGUGUGCACCAAGAACAAACUUAGUUGGUCUCUAAGGUGCCACUGGACAAUUUUUUAAAUAUAUUUCUACUGCAUCAGACCAACAUGGCUACCUACCUGAAUCUAAUAAAAAUAAAAAUUUUGUUAUUCAGCCGUUGAUCUCUCCUACUUCCUCCCUUUCAGCCCAUUUUCCAUGUCAUGGGCUUCUCAGUCACAGGGAGGGUUUUGAACAGCCCAGAAGGGGAAGGCGUUUCAGAUGCUACUGUGACGCUGAAUAACCAGAUUAAAGGUAUGUGCUUCUUCUUUUGCUCUGGCGUCCUACCUAUUUGAUGCUUUUGGCCGAGCUGAAUUCAAACACAAUCUGUCCAUUUUUAAUUUGUCCACAGUUACUACCAAGUCUGACGGCUCUUUCCGACUUGAAAACAUAACCACCGGAACAUAUACCAUUCAAGCCCAGAAAGAGCACCUCUUCUUCGAUACCAUUACGGUGAAAAUUGCCCCCAAUACUCCCCAGCUGGCCGACAUCAUCACAACAGAGUGAGUGUCUGAGUAGGAAGCCGAGCAAGACAGCAAGGGCGGGCUUGGGGUUUUUCAGAGCAGAGCCAAGAGGCCUUGGGAUAGGAGCACAGGACACUACCAUACACCAGGGAGGGGUUGUAACUCAGUGGCAGAGCAGCUGCCUCACGUGCAGGAGGUCCCCAGUUCCAGCCCCAGCAUCUCCAGGUAGGCCUAGGGAAGAUCUUCUGACCUCCUGUAGAGUUGCUACCAGUCAGAGUAGACAAUCCUCAGCAAGAUGGACCAAUGGUGCGGCUUGCUUAUUUAUUUAUGAAUGAAUGAAUCUAGAUUCAGGUAGGUAGCCAUGUUGGUCUGACGCAGUCGAAAUAAAUAAAAAAAAUUGUCCAGUAGCACCUUAGAGACUCCUUAGAGACCUUAGAGACUUUGAAUGAAUGAAUGAAUGACAUUUCCUCCAAGCCAUUCAUGGUGGCCUACAGAGUUCUCCCCGUUUUAUCCUCACAGGAACCCUUUGAGGUAGCUUAGGCAGAGAAUAAGUGACUGGCUAAAGGCUACCCGGUGAACUUCAUAGCUUUGAACUCUGCUUUCCCAGGUCCUGAUCCAACACUCUAUCCAACACUGGAGCAAGUGUGGUGUAAUGGCUAGAGUGUUGGACUCGGACCUGGGAGGCCAGGGUUUGAGUCCCCAGUCAGCCAUGAAGCUCUCCUUGGGCCAGUCACUUCGCUCUCGGACCAACCUACCUCACAGGGUUGUUGUGAGGGUGAAAUGGGGAGGAGGAGAACCGUCUGCCUUGAGAUCCUUGGAAGUUAAAGGCGGUACAGUGUAUAAUUGUCAACAACAACAAUGGUGUCGUUAUAUCGGAGUUGGGAACCCUGGGGCCUUUUAGAUUUCCUGACAAUUCCAAUUGUUCCUGACCAUUGGCAAUGCCCUUCUUUCCCCAAUAGGUUCAGUGUCUGUGGCCAGAUAUCAGUAACCCGCUUUCCUGACUCUAUCAAGCAGAUCAACAAAUACAAGGUGACGAUGUUGCCUCAAGACAAGGACAAAACCUUGAUGGUUACUACGGAAACGGACACUCGCGGUGCUUUCUGCUUCAAGGCAAAAUCGGGUGCCUAUGUCAUCCAGGUCAGAAUAACUAGUACCUCUUAAGAAAAGAAAUAACUCGUAAAAGCAAUCAAAUCUGGAAGCCUGGGAGCAGAUUUCUGUUUCUCAAAGCAGUGGGAGACCUUAGGCCCAGGGACCACAUGUGGCCCUCAAGUCUUCUCUACCUGGCUCUUGGAACCCUUUACUCUCCCUGCUUUGUACCCCCAGUUUUUCCCUGGCUGGAAUGUGUCCUUGAACGCUGAUAAUGCUUCUCUCUUGCCUCUUGGAGGGCAAAGGAGUGGGUGUGGGUGUGUAGAAAAUAGAUCAGGGUUUCCUAAACUUGGGUCUCCGGCUGUUUUGGGGCUACAGUUCCCAUCAUCUCUGACCCCUGGUCCUGCUAGCCAGGGAUGAUGGGAGUCGUAGUCCAAAAACAGCCGGAGACCCAAGUUUGGGAAACUCUGAACUAGGCUAUUGCACAAAGGGAAAAUUGACAUUCAUUGCUCCACCCACCACUGGUAUGUGAGCCCCAGAAGGUCGGCCUGAGGGAAGUGCGGCCUACAACUCCCAUCAGCCUUGGCAAGCAUACUCAGUGACCUCCUUGCAUAUUUCCAGUUUCUUGCUCCUUUGCUGCUCAGCGAAUGGGGUGCAGCUGUUGUCUUUUAUCUGUCUUGCUCCAUUUCACACAAGGAAGUAAUUCUCAGCGUCAUUUUCUUUGCUGUAGGUGAUUGUUCCCGAGGCAGAAGCCAGAGCUGGCCUUGCUUUGAAACCCAAGAUAUUUCCUGUGACGGUUGCCUCCAAACCGGUGCUGGACGUGACUUUCUCACAGUUUCUGGCCUCCAUUUCGGGGAAAGUCACUUGUUUGGGUAAGAUUUGCACUGACGGGUGGAAAUAGUUGACUUAGGUUGCUCAUAUAAUCUGGUGGGAAUAGCCGAUUUCGGAGGAGAACUUUGCUGGAUGCAACCAUGUGAUUGGCUGCAAAUUCUUGUUGAGUGUCUGCUUGCUGGUAGAUCCAGGUUUGUUCUCAAAUGAGUGCUGUCUCUCAUCAAGAGGCUAACAUCUGAAUCAAGGCUCUAUCCCCCGCUCCCAUUUCUAGGAAUCUCUGACACACACACCCCCUCCCAAAAGUCCUAAGGAGGCUGCUGACUAAACAUGGCAAUCUGAAAUCUGCACAUUUCCCUCUUUUUGUCUUCCCCCAGAUGCUUGUGGCGAAUUGACAGUGACACUCCAGUCUGUGAACCGGCAGGGGGAGAAGCGUAGCCUUCAACUUGCAGCAAAGUCUAACUCAGUGACUUUCUUGUUUGAAAAUGUGCUUCCUGGAAAGUAUAAAAGUAAGGACAAUGCAGUGCUUCUAGUUUGUAUGCGGCAAAGUCGUCUGCUAGUGCAAAGAUUUCCACCUGUGUAAUGGAACUUAAUCUUCUUACGUGCCUUCCCUAAUUACCCCAAAAACCUCUGGAGCAGAUUUUGGGGGGGCCAAGAGAGGGCAUGUGGAGAGAGGGAGUCUGGUUGCACAGGGGUGUUUAUUGCCUUUUCACUGUUUCAAAUUGUGCCAGAAUUUGCUACUCAUUCAUAUUUAUGGUCCACUUUUCAUCAUCAUCAUUUAUUUCUGUGCUGCCUUUCCAGAGUUAAAACCAUGCUCAAGGCAGCUUCCAACAUGAAAACAUUUAUUUCAUAAUUUAAAAAAUAUAUAACAGCAGUCAUAAGCCAUAAAUAAAAGCAUGUCAAAAUGUACACAACAAAACUAAACCACCUCCACGUAAGACAUAAGAACUAAAAACAAAGCUGUGAAAAAAUAAUAUCAAUAGGACAGCAGAAUUAAAAUCUCCCAAAAUUUAUUCUUGACCCCAACAAAAAUCCCUAAACAAUGCCCCACGUUUUGGACAAGAUAUGUCUCCACUGAAGUUCAGCCUUCAGUGUUUAUUCAAUUUAAUAUGCUAGAUGCCAUUAAAUAAAUAAACCACUGCCACCACACUGUUAAUCGUUUAAAAAGAUGCCUUAACCGGGCAGCAUAAUGUUAUUUUCCCCCAAAAAAUCAUUUUAAUACAAUUGCUUAUAAAAACAACAGAAGGAAAUACUCUAUUAAAAAGAAACGUUCCCAUGUUCUCUUGCACGCUGAAGUUUCUCCUAGUUUCUGUGUCUGAUGUGUACAAUCCCUGUUGUGUACUUCUUAUUCCAAAGAGAGAGAGAGAGAGAGAAAUGUGGGGAAUGCACAGGUGAAAGCACAUAAGUUCCUUACGUCUUGCAGACUUCCUUUUCAAACAGGGCUAGCCAACGUGGUGCCCUCCAUUUUUUAUGGGCUCCAGCUCCCAUCAGCCCCAGCCAGCAUGGCCAAUGGUCAGGGAUGAUGGGAAUGGCUGUUCCUGCCACAUCUGGAGGGCGCCACGUUGGCUGAAUAUGCCCAGUUCUUCCAUAUCCGGACUUAUUUUUAAACGCUAAUGCUUACAAAAUGUUCGGAUGACUUCUGUGCUUGUCUAACUGCUUGCGUUUUAAGCAUCAGGCGUGACACCUCCCCCUUACUGGUCUGUCUUUUCUCUUUUAAGUGAGCAUCAUCCGUGAAGACUGGUGCUGGAAGAAUAAAUCCUUGGAACUUGAGGUUUUGGAAGAAGAUGCGUCAGGGAUUGAGUUCCGCCAGACCGGCUAUAUGCUGCGCUGUUCUCUUUCCCAUGCGAUCACUUUGGUGAGAUCACAGCUUAUAUGCGUUCUCUUUGGCCUGAACUGCCCCACAAUAUAUAAUCAUAGGCAACUGCCUUAUAGACAGUCAGACUCAGUAUUGACCAUAAGAGUUGCUCCUUCCAGUCCAUUCCAGUCCUUUCCAAAAUCUGGUAAUCACCAACCUGGCCGCUGCCCAUAAGUAUCAAAUUAAUGAUUUAAGUAAUAUAUUUCUAUACUGCUGGGGGGGAUGCUGGUUGCGCUGUGGCCUAAACCACUGAGCCUCUUGGGCUUGCAGAUCAGAAAGUCGGCGGUUUGAAUCCCCACGAUGGGGUAAGCUCCCAUUGCUCUGUCUCAGCUCCUGCCAACCUAGUACAGUGGUACCUCGGGUUACAUACGCUUCAGGUUACAUACACUUCAGGUUACAUACACUUCAGGUUACAUACUCCGCUAACCCAGAAAUAGUACCUCGGGUUAAGAACUUUACCUCAGGAUGAGAACAGAAAUCGUGCUCUGGCAGUGCAGCGGCAGCAGGAGGCCCCAUUAGCUAAAGUGGUGCUUCAGGUUAAGAACAGUUUCAGGUUAAGAACGGACCUCCAGAAUGAAUUAAGUACUUAACCGGAGGUACCACUGUAGUUUGAAAGUAGAUAAAUAGGUACUGCUGCUGUGGGAAGGUAGACGGCAUUUCUGUAUACUCUGGUUUCCAUCAAGGUGUUCCAUUGUGCCAGAAGCGGUUUAGUCAUGCUGGCCACGUGACCCAGAAAGCUGUCUGUGGACAAACGCCGACUCCCUCAGCCUGAAAGCGAGAUGAGCGCCACAACCCCAUAGUCACCUUUGACUGGACUUAACUGUCCAGGGGUCCUUUGCCUUUACUGCCUUUCCCACUUAAUUUUGGAGGCAGAAUUGAAAACUGCUGUAGUUGUUUGAAAACUGACUUGGAAACUUCAAAGAUUGGGAUUCAAUACCUGCUAAUAGACUUUUUGGAUUUUUUGUCAUCAGGAGUUUUAUCAGGAUGGAAAUGGACCUGAGAAUGUUGGCAUUUAUAACCUGUCCAAAGGCGUGAACAGAUUCUGCCUCUCCAAGCCGGGUAAGUGUCUCGUUGGAAAUGAAUGGUCUUGUGUGUAUGUGUUUGUGCGUGAGUUCCCAACAGAUAGUGGUAAAUUUUGAAGUGCAGCUCCCAUAACUGCCCCCAAAGCUGCACCCCACUGCAAGGUGAGUCCACAAAUACAGGAAGGUGCAUUGGUUUACCCCAUUCUCCAAAGAGCAGGAGCGCCUAGCCUAAUAUCCAACAUUGUAGGAUCAACAGAUAGCCAUAGGCAGGUAAGCUGCAAAAGAUGGUUAGCGUGUUGGACAUUGACUGGGAAACCCCAAGUUCACAGGAUGACUGUUGGCCAAUCGCUGUUUUGGGCUAGGCUCCCUUGCAGGGUUGUUAUUUUGAGGUUGGAGUAGACCAAGAACCAGAACCUUCCUGGGGUGCCUUCUCCUGAGUUUGAGGAGCCAAGUGCAUCCUGGAAUUCCUCACCAGUCCUGUAGGGGGCGCACCAGGUGGGAGGCCAUGGAAUGUAGGAGGAGUGCCUAUCUACCUAUGCAAUCUGCACUCAGAUAGAGAAUUAGUGAGGUUGUAACUUCGGUUAGGCAAGCCUCUUGUUUAGGCAGCAGGUUUCAGGUUGCCAGCAAAAUGCUUCAAGCGAGGCAGGUUCAGGAGCUGACGAAAAGGCUAGCGUGAUACAGUUUUGAAGUAUGGGAACCUUCAGAAUCUGAAAUCAGGAUUGCAACUGUGUCUCGCUUUGAUAUUUUCAGGUGUGUACGAAGUCACCCCCCGUUCCUGCCACCGUUUUGAGCACGAAUACUACACCUAUGAUACGUAAGCAUGAAGUAGCAGCUGGCUGGUAACCUUUGCGGAAGUGUUCACCGGCAAUAUUUGCAAUGGAUAAAUGUGAUAAACUAGAAGGAGGCUUCACAUAUGUGAAGCUGUUUCCGGGGCCUCUAGAAGCUGUGGUGGAGCCGCUUUUUCAUGGGUUCAUCGCACAGUGCGGCUGUCGUGCUCUUUAAAGAAUGAGCACUUAACUGCCUGGUUGGAGCCAGGCAAGCAGGUCCUUAGCACCUGACAGUCUUCCUUGAUCCUAGCUGGGUGACACUUGCAUGCUAAAGAGCUGGCUGUUUGGAGUCUAGGAAGCUGCCUUGUUAAAGUCAGGUCAUUCAGUGCAGUAUUGUCUAUAGCAGUGGUGGGGAACUUUUGGCCCGCAGGCCAAGCUUGGUCCUACUUGCCUGCCUGAUGUCAGUAGGCAGUGAGAUCCAAAUUGUAGGUCAUGCCACAUUAUGAUAGCUGUUUUCAAAUGGCCCAAGGGCUGUCACAUGGAGGAUGGAGCAAGCUUGUUUUCUCCUUCUCCAGAGGCUAAGACCCGAACCGAUGGAUUCAGCUUACGAAAAAGGAGAUUCUGAUGAAACAUCAGGAAGAACUUUCUGACACUAAGAGCUGUUUGACAGCGAAACAGACUCCCACGAGACGUGGUAGACUCUCCUUCCGUGGGAGAUUUCUAAGCAGGGGUUGGAUGGCCAUAUGUCGUGGAUGGUUUAAGUUGAGAUUCCUGCAUUGCGGGGGGUUGGACUAGAUGACCCUCAGGGUCCCUUCUAACUCUACAGUUCUAUGAGUCUGUGUUAUAGCAGCACUGUGUCGUGUGGGCAAGUAGCUCUCAUGCCACUGCUAGAGCAUCUAAAGGCCACUUAAAUGUUAUUUAAAUGUACAGGUGAAACUCAAAAAAUUAGAAUAUCGUGGAAAAGUUCAUUUAUUUCAGUAAUUGAACUUAAAGGUAAAACUAAUAUAUGAGAUAGACUCAUGACAUGCAACACAAGGUAUGGCAAGCCUUUAUUUGUUAUAAUUGUGAUGAUUAUGGCAUACAGCUGAUGAAAACCCCAAAUUAACAAUCUCAGAAAAUUAGAUUAUUGUGAAAAGGUGCAGUAGCUAUUCAAUCCAUAACACCUGCAAUGGGUUCCUGAGCCUUUAAAUGGUCUCUCAGUCUGGUUCAGUAGGAAGCACAAUCAUGGGGAGGGCUGCUGACCUGACAGUUGUGCAGAAAGCUAUCAUUGAGACCCUCCAUAAGGAGGGGAAAGCCGCAAAAGGUAAUUGCAGAAGAAGUUGGAUGUUCCCAAAGUGCUGUUUCAAAGCACAUUAAUGGAAAGUUAUGCGGAAGGGAAAAGUGUGGAAGAAAAAGGUGCGCAAGCAGCAGGGAUGACCGCAGCCUGGAGAGGGUUGUCAGGAAAAGACCAUUACAGCUUCACCUGUAAUCUUAAUUUGAUGGCAGCUUUUCUUUUUUGCCACCAGUAGAGGGAGUACAUUACACUGACUUUUAAGAAUGUUGAUCAGACCAAUAUUCAUGUAGCCCACACAUGGGUAAACUCAUCCACUUUUUUCGGGGGGAGGGAAAGAUCCUAGGAACAUGCUUUAUAAAUAUGCCAUUUCAAAUUGUCAUAUUUGACAGGUUGAUUUCUCUGAAAACUUCCACUGUAAAAGAUUAAAACAAGGCAUAUAAGACAGUGACAUGAUUGGCACUAGAGGGAAUGUUUAGCCAAUAUGAUUAGAGGGAUGUUCGUCAGUGUGGUCCCCAAAUGGGUUCUGCUCACCCCUGCGGUUUGCAUUAAUGAAUCUCUCUUCCUGUGACCCCAGUUCAGACAUUGCACCACAACACACUUGUGGAAAUUUUCCUUCUUCGACUUCUAUACCACGCUUCAUUAUAAGAUCUCAGGGCAGGUCACAAGAAAAAAAAUAGACGGUAAAAGCACAAAUAAAUAGUUGAAAUGAAAACAACGAAACAAUACCACUCCUUCCCAUAAACACAUUUAAAAAUCUGUCGAAGAUUAAUUGUCCCAAAGCCUUGGUUGAAGAGGAAUAUUUUCGCCUAGUUCCUAAAGAUAUGGAAUGAAGGCACCAGGUGAACCUCCCUGAAGAGAGCAUUCCACAAACAGGGCCACUGCAUUAAAAGGCCUGUUCUCAUGUUGUCACCCUCUGGACCUCUCAUGGAGGAGACACAUGAAGAAGGGCCUCUGAUUGCAGAACCCAGGUUGGUUUAUAAGGGGAGAGGUGGUGCUGAGCCAUUUAGAGGUUGUUGUGAUAUCUUAAAUGACAAGCCAUAGAUUGUGGCCAUCUUUCCACCUCCAGAGGCUGCUAUAUCACAAAGAUGGGAGUGAACUUAGAAUAGUUAUAAGUUGACCCAGCUAUGCAUGAGAGUCUUUAAGUAAACCUCAACCGUUUUACAACCCAAAGCCAAAUGCAAAUGGCUGAAAAUCCUAUCCCUUUCAUAGAGUGGAAUGGAAAGCAAAAGGUGGUUGUUGGGAUCGAUUUUAAGUGCCCUCUCCCUCUUUUUGGUUCCAGGUCUGCUCCGAGUAUACUGACGCUGACUGCGAUCCGUCACCACGUCCUUGGAACUAUAACAGCCGAUAAAUUGAUGGAUGUGAUGGUUACCAUAAAGUAAGAACUUUGGGGUUGCAAAGACUACCCUUGAAUUACCAAGUUUUAACAAACGUUUGUUGUCUUGUGUGGCUAGUGGGUUGCAGAUGCUUAGGAGAAGGGUAUUUCUUUUUACACGUGUAGAAGUUUCCAAAAGGUCCACGUAUCCUUUAUUCUAUGGGACAUCCCUGAGUUGAAACAGUUGUGCGCCUAAUGUUUCUAGAGCUUGAAAGGAUAUGCCCACUGUCUGUUCAUGACGGAGCUCUAAAGCACUAGUCUUCAACUGGUGGGUCCCAGCCUAGUAUACAGAGCACAACCUACCACAUGCGGAUAUAUGGCAAGAGCAGGAAAUGGAUCCCCAAAUGUGUGUUUGGGUUAGAAGUGGCGCCCUGAGACUCUUAAUCUCAGGGCCGUGGGUUUAAGCCCCAUGUUGGGCAAAAAAGAUUCCUGCAUUGCAGGGGGUUGGACUAGAUGACCCUGAUGGUCCCUUCCAACUGUAUAGUUCUAUGAUUCUAAGACUCUACUGCUCUAGAGAGCACAAUGACUGUUUCAUAUUUCAGGGCCUACAGCGCUAGAGUGCCCUCUUUGAGGGUGGUAGUCAUCAUGCGCUUCAACCUUGCACAACUUGUGAACUACAGUUGUACCUUGGUUCUCAAAUGGCUUAGUUGCUGAACAAAUUGGCUCCCAAACGCCGCAAACUCGGAAGUAAGUGUUCCGGUUUGUGAACGUUUUUUGGAAGCUGAACAUCCUCUGUUGCUUCUGCUUGAGUGCAGGAAGCUCCUGCGUCAAUCGGAAGCCACGCCUUGGUUUUCGAACAGUUUGGGGAGUUGAACGGACUCCCAGAACGGAUUAAGUUUGAGAACCGAGGCAUCUCAGAAGCUAUAGGAAUAUUAAGGGAGAUAUCCUAGGCCACACCCACACUAUGCAUUUGAAGCAUUCUUACGCAACUGUAAACCAUUGUGGAGAAUCCUGGGAGCUGUACUUUGUUAAAGUCCUGGGGAUUCUCCAUGACUGUUGAAAAUGGCAUAAGAAUGCUUUAAAAUUGUAUGCUGUGGAUCAGACUGCUGGUCUGCCUAGCUCAGUACUGCAUAUUAUGGAGUGCUGGCAGCCACCCAGUCUCUUGGGCAGAAAUGGGCCUCAGCCAGGUGCUGAGCCUGAACGUGCCCCAGGCCAUCCAAAAGGAUCCUCUGUCCCAGUGAUGGAGAACCCAUGGCCAGGUGUUUCCGGACUACAGAUCCAGUAGACCACAGCCUGCAUGUCCAGUGGUCAGAAAUGAUGGGAGCUGUAGUCCAGCAACGUUUGGAGGGUUGCAGGUUCCCUGUUCCUGUUUUAUGCCCCCAAUGAACGAAAUGAAGGGGCCCUUUCAUAUCUUCCCCUUGGUGGUCAUUUCCCCUGCCAGUUUUGCAUUCAGAUGAUUCAUUCUCUUGUUUUGUUUUCUCAGAUCCUCGAUCGAUAGCGAACCCGACCUGGUGCUUGGCCCCCUGAAAUCUCAGCAGGAGCUGCGUCGGGAGCAGCAGCUGGCCGAGAUUGAGGCCCGCAGGCAGGAGAGGGAGAAGAAAGGCCUGGAAGAGGAAGGAUCUGAGCCUCCAGUACAGGAAAUGGUGGAGGAACUACAAGGGCCGUUCCACUACGAGUUUUCCUACUGGGCGAGGUGCGUUCGUCUUCUGCCCAGAGAAGUCCUUUUUUCUUGUUGUUAUAGAAGCUUUUGAGGAAAGUUUGAACUGCUGUCUCUUCAGGCUUCAGCACACGGGGUUGGGAAUCUCAGGCCUCAGGGGCCAAAUGUUGAGCUUCAGGUCUGUCUGUUUGGCCCUUGGCACUCUUGCUAGGUCUCACCCCUCCCUGACCCAAGUGUUUUAUUUAUUUAUUUAUUAAAUUUGUAUACCACUUUAUUUGUAGCUGUAGGUCUCGGGGUGGCUGACAACAUAAACUUACAAUGUAGAAAACUCAAAAUACAUAAUAAAAAUAAUUAAAACGAUUAACAAUACUAGUGUAUACGACCUAUAAAAAUACACUCGGCAAUCAAAGAAGCAUUUGAAACAUCCCUGUUCCCCUUAAAAACAUUAACCUUACCACAAGGUCCAUGCCCUCAUUCCUCCCUCCCGAAGUGUCACCCCCAAAGGGACGACACCCUUUGGCGUCGCCUCUUUUGUGGUGGCCCCAUUCCCAAGGCAGGCAGGCUUUCUGGAUUUGCCCUUGAAUUCUGAUUGUGCCUCUUGCUUUCUGGGAUGGAGGUCAGAGAGGGGUGUUUGAACGUGUGCAAAAACCAGGCUAUUGCAUAAAGUUUAAAUUUGUGUUUGUUGCUCCACCCCCUUUUCCUUCUGGCCCCGCCCAGGAGGGAAUGCAACCCUCAGGAUGAGAAAGGUUACCCGUCCUUUAGCAUUGUCCAUCUUGAGACAGCUGUUUGGACUCAACCGUACAGUUCCAGCUCCCAUGUUCUUUUAUGGUUCUUUUUCCAGGUCUGGGGAGAAAAUCACAGUGACGCCAUCCUCAAAAGAGCUCCUUUUCUACCCGCCUUCAAUAGAAACGGUUGUCAGUGGAGGUAAAUCUUGGCUGUAGCUCAGCGCUGGGAAGUUGCUGGUGGAUCUGCACAGCCCCGCGGGUCGAGCGACUAAGCCUGGGACAGCGGCUGAAUCAGGGAGUGUUGGACUAGGAGGCUGUAAAAGGAAGGGGCCAGUGCCGUUAAUGCAGCAAAGCAGAGAUAAAACACUAAAACAGCAGGCUUCCAUUGGCUCCCCAGGGGCAUCUGCUUGGCCACUGUGAGAACAGGACAGUGGACCUGCUUCUCCACUGUCGGAAUUCACAGAAUUCUGUGUGGGAUAGUAAGUCUGCAGGCUUGAGUUUGCUAGCUGAGGCAACUGGCUGAUGCAACCAGCCUGCAAAACUUUCUAUGGAAGUGCUGAGUCAGAAAGACUCAGCAGUAAUGUGCUGUCAGUUGAUUGGCUGUCAUCGGUUUAAAGGGGAAACCUGUCCAGCAGUAAGAGAGAGAGAAAGGUCGUUCUAUUUGCCUUAAGGUGCAGCCAGGUACCCUGUUUGACUGUAUGAACCACUCGUGUAUUAUAAAGUAAAGGUAAAGGUAAAGGGACCCCUGACCAUUAGGUCCAGUCGUGGCCGACUCUGGGGUUGCGGCGCUCAUCUCGCUUUACUGGCCAAGGGAGCCGGCAUACAGCUUCUGGAUCAUGUGGCCAGCAUGACUAAGCCGCUUCUGGCAGACCAGAGCAGCGUACGGAAAUGCCGCCAGAGCGGUACCUAUUUAUCUACUUGCACUUUGACGUGCUUUCGAACUGCUAGGUUGGCAGGAGCAGGGACCGAGCAACGGGAGCUGACCCCGUCACGGUGAUUUGAACCGCCGACCGACCUUCUGAUCGGCAAGUCCUAGACUCUGUGGUUUAACCCACAGCGCCACCCGCGUCCCUGUAGAUUAUUGUAUAUAUUUGUAUAUAUAUAGCUCACAAUAAAUAUACUGCACUUCACUGAAGAACCUGGAACUCUGAGCGUUUCUGCUAAAGCGCCGCGGAGAAUUCGCGACAUCCACAGAGCAGGACCUGAACCAGUGGAUUAAAGUUGCGAGAAAGGAGAUUCCAAAUAAGCAUUAGGAAGAAUUUUCUGCUGGAAAGAACUCUUCAACAGUGGAUGGACUUCCUCUCCUUCAUUGGAGGCUUUUAAACAGAAGUUGGGUGGCCAUCUGCCAGGGAUCCUCUAGCUGUGAUUCCUGCAAUGCAGGGAGUUGGUUCUAGGUGACCCUAGGCAAGUCCCUUCCGAUUCUAUGAGAUGGACCUUUGGCCUGAUCUAGCAGAUCAGAGGGAAAAGGUCAAAAUACAGCAACCGUUAGAAGUAACAGUAAUUCAGCUUUGGCAAUGAUAAUCGAAAAAGCAUGUGGCCAUUUAUGGUUCAGAGGCCUUCCUAAACAGAAAGAAAUAAUUUUAAAAAGCUGCUCACCAUCUCACAGAAGAUAAUAAGAGGAUGAAAUGAUCUCCUCCUGGGAGGGAGUUAGAAAGUUUCCAUAAAUCCCUAACUUUCCUCUCUCUUUUCCUUCUCCUCCUCAAUUUAAGAGAGCUGCCCCGGAAAACUGAUAGAAAUACACGGCAAAGCAGGCUUGUUCCUGGAAGGGCAAAUCCAUCCCGAGCUGGAGGGUGUCGAGAUCGUCAUUAGCGAAAAGGGAGCGCCGUCGCCACUCAUCACGGUUUUCACAGACGACAAAGGUUCAUACAGGUAAGCCCUUACGGCCAGUUCCCAGGGGUUUGGGUCCAGAGGCCAACUCCAGGUACAUCUGCUCUUACCAGAGAGCAUGUCUGCAGUUUGGCUGGUUGUCCUCCUUUUGCACAGUUUCUAAGGGUCCCUUGAUCCUCAGGACUGUUUGUUGUUGUUGUUGCUUCUCAGAGGAUGAGCAGGGAGGUCAUUCCCAUACAAGGGCAGAUUCCCUGUCCCCCCCAAAUCCCACCUGACAUCUUCUAGGGUUAACCUGCCCAGAUCUGCAAAGCAGGGCUUUUGAACAUAUGGCCCCGGGCAAAGAGUUGGAAGCGGAGGCUCUUUGUAGGAGAAAUAGACCAGUUCUGUAAAGGGUUACCGUGAUCAUUUGACUGCCUUGGGAUUCCCUUUAAACCAGAGGCCUUCGGACAGUGUUGUGGCUGGUAAAUUCCUGCCCAUGCCACUGUUUCCCUCUUGUACUCUUGUGUUCUGGUCCUGCUUGGCGGUUUCCUACAGGUGUCUGGACGGAUACCAAGACUAGGAUGCCAGACUAGGUGGGUCUUUGGAUUGAUCCAACAGGCUCCUAUGUUCUUACAGUCCCUUUAUUUUUGCAGCGUGGGGCCUCUUCACAGUGAUCUGGAAUACACUGUCACCGCUCAGAAAGAAGGCUUUGUGUUGAGUGCCGUGGAAGGGACCAUUGGGGACUUCAAAGCUUUCGCUCUUGCCGGAGUCACUUUUGAGGUAACGUCCUCCGUGUCCUCUGGAACCUCAGCAGAGUUGUUCCUUCUCUAGAGAAUUUACAUGGGCAGAGGGCGGAAGGGGGAAACGUUGCUUGAGGACAAUGAGGCACACACAGUGCCAAAUUUUAUGGGAGGCCAAAGAUUUCUCCCAGCCAUUGCCAAAGAGGUGAAUACAUCUCUCCACUUGGUGGCUCUCCAUUUAUCUUAGGGUAACACACCUAUGCUCUUUGAACUGUGUUGUUCAGCUGCUGAUUGGGUACGUGGUAUUGCAUCGCUUUUCUUUUUUCCAUUUUAAACAGAUUAAAUCAGAAGAUGACCAUCCCCUUGCAGGAGUCCUCCUGUCCCUCAGUGGAGGCGUCUUUCGCUCAAACCUCCUGACUCAGGACAACGGAAUGCUGACUUUCCCCAACUUGGUAGGGUUACUUCCACAACUGUUCUUUUGGAUCUGCUCUCUGAAAAAUCAUUAGAGGCCUGAUGAUGAUGAUGAUGAUGAUGUUAUUAUUUAUACAUAGACCAGGGAACUGUGCUCCACCUCCUGUGGGCCAACUUUGAUGAGAGCUUAAAGCAGGCAUAGGCAAACUUGGCCAUCCAGAUGUUUUGGGACCACAAUUCCCACCAUCCCUGACCACUGGUCCUGUUAGCUAGGGAUGAUGGGAGUUGUAGUCCCAAAGCAUCUGGAGGGCCGAGUUUGCCUGUGCCUGGCUUAAAGUGGCUUCAAAGCGAGCCUCUUUUGAAGUCCUUACAUGUGUGGUUUGAACCCAAACCACACCUGCAGAUGGAUGAAGCGGGGCUCUGUGUCGGGGACUUCUGUGGCUGCACCAGGGAGUUUCCAGUGGGGAACUCCUUAGUGCAGUCAGUCCCAGUGGGGUUUGCUUUCAGUGCUGAACGGCUCCCUCUCAUUCCUUUGUACCUAUGUCCUUGGCUCCCGACAGCUGACAUCACACAGGACUUCAGGAAGAUUCAAGGCAGGAAGAUUCAAGGACAAUCAAAGAAACAUUCAAAUGGGUCGUUGUAGUAUAGUAUAGUAUCUUUCCUCUCUUCAAGAGCUUUGUCUAUUCUUCUACAUUUCUCGGUGACACAUUUUUGUGAACAAGAGUUUUCAACUCUGACAAAUAUGAAGGAUCAGGGAAGAGAAAAGCUUAUUUGUGUUGAUGGGGAGAUGAGAGUUUGUUUGUCUCAAAUUAGACCCAGUAUAAAUGGUAUAUACCUGGUAAAAGCCAGACCAGCUCAUCCCUCUCAUUUAAUUCGUAUCCAUGUAAGGUACACAUGUAAGAGGCUUGUUUAUAAUAAUAUUUUGGAAAUGAUUUGUGUUCUUCUGUAGUUGCACUGCUUUGUGUGUUCUGGAUGUCCCAUGAUUAUGUUAUAAAGCAGUUGUGUUGUAUGUUAUAAAUCACACACUGCCAGGAGUUGUUUCUUUUUGUUUUGCAACGUAUUCCUUAUCAGUACAAAGUUUGGUGUGGUACAAGCAAAUUUUUAUUCUGGCCCAGGAAAAAAAAAGCUUGAAAACCACUGGUUUUGAGAAAAGGCAAGUGAGGGGCGACAGGAUAGAAGUGUGUGAAAUUAUGCACAGCAUAGAGAAAGCGUCUGGAGAAAAGUUUUUUCUCCCUCAUAACACAGGAAUGAUGUCCAGUGAAACUGGACUUGAGAAGAUUCUGAACGGGUAAAAAAAAAGGACUUCAUCACUCGGCGCAUAUUCAAACUGUUGACUUUGCUCCCACGAAAGGCAGAGAUGGUCACCAACAUGGGUGGCUUUUGAAAGAGGAUGAGACAAAUUCCUGGAGGAGCAGGCUGUGUUCUGCCUCCACUGUCGAAGGCAGAAAUGCUUCUGAAUAACAGUUGCUGGAAGAGGGGAGAGGUCCUGCUUGUGGACUUCACAUAGGCAUCUGUGGGAAUAGGAUUCUGGACCAGAUGGGUCAUUGGCCUGAUCCAGCAGGCUCUUUUGUUCUUAAUGGUCCGAUCCACUUUCUUAGCUUCCUGCAUCCUAUAGGAAGCUGCCUUAUGCCAGGUAGAUUAUUCGAACCUCACAGAUAUACCGUAUUUUUUGCUCUAUAAGACUCACUUUUUCCCUCCUAAAAAGUAAGGGGAAAUGUGUGUGCGUCUUAUGGAGCGAAUGCAGGCUGUGCAGCUAUCCCAGAAGCCAGAACAGCAAGAGGGAUUGCUGCUUUCACUGCGCAGCGAUCCCUCUUGCAGUUCUGGCUUCUGAGAUUCAGAAUAUUUUUUUUCCCUUGUUUUCCUCCUCCAAAAACUAGGUGUGUCUUGUGGUCUGGUGCGUCUUAUAGAGCGAAAAAUACGGUACCUCAUAGAUGAUGUACCCAUGAGCGAUGAGGGAGAGCUUGUUCCCUGUGAGUGUCUGAAUGAACUCCUGUAUAUGAAAUAGCUUGUAGGAGUUUGAAAGAUCAGUCUUUAGCCUUGCUGUUCUAUAAACCUCUAAUCUCCUGGGCACUCAACGCUUGCCGGAGCCAGGCAAGGACACAUUUCUCUUUCGCUACAUGCUGGCUUUGAUCUCGAAAUCCCAGCGCGUCCUCCCAGGGCUUAGUUCAUAAGGCUUGGCCGGAAGCGAAUCGUCUCCUGCAAGCCCAGAAGACAAAGGGGGGGAAAGUGCCGCGGUGCUUUGUCUCGGCUUCUGCAUAAGCUGCUCUUCGAAAAAGACCGCUAGGCCAUUAAAUUACGCUGCCUCCCCUCCUGCUCAGAGGCAACACGCCUCUUAUUACUAGAGUGAAAUAACGGCCCCUUGUUUGAUGCCUCUUGCAGAGCCCAGGGCAGUACUAUUUCAAGCCCAUGAUGAAGGAAUUCCGCUUUGAGCCCUCGUCUCAAAUGAUCGAAGUGCAGGAAGGGCAAAACCUAAAGAUCACAAUAGUUGGUUACAGGACGGCAUACAGGUUGGUAGACGUGAGAUGCCCCUCUAUUUUAAAAAUGCCAUUGGGCAAAUUUUGCCUUGCAUGGGGUCGACUGCAGGCUUUGCGUAUGGCCUGCACAGAUGCCCAAGCUCCCUUGCAAACUCCCCACUCCCUCCCUCCCCUGCCAAAUGUUUCUCCCCCCCCCCCCAUAGAGUUCGCGUUCCUCCCAGCCUCCUCCCCACGGAAACUAAGCACUCUUUCAUUCUCUUUUAUUCAGCUGCUACGGUACCGUUUCUUCUCUAAAUGGUGAACCGGAGCAAGGCAUUUCAGUGGAAGCCGUUGGGCAGGGAGAGUGCGGAGUGUAUGGAGAAGACACCGUGACGGAUGAAGAGGGCAAGUUCAGGCUGCGGGGGCUGCUGGUAAGAACCUGCACAGGCGUGAACCUGGAGGGCUGAUGUUUGAUUUCCAGUAAUUGACAGCACACAGCCCUGUAUGCAGGAGGUCCAAUCCUUGGCCUCUCCAAGGCUGCAUCUGCACUGAUAAUAAUAAUAAUAAUAAUAAUAAAAUAAAAAAAAAAAAAUUAUUUAUAUCCCACCCUCCCCAGCCGAAACUGGGCUCAGAGCGGCUAACAACAAUAAAAUAAUAUAGCAUUCUAAAAUCAAUUCAUUAUAAAAUCAGUUCAAAUCAAAUUGAUGGCAACCAUUGGGCUAGAGUUCUGUGAAGAAUUACCAAAGGAGGGAGUCAGGCUGUGCCUUGGCCAAAGGCCUGGUGGAACAGCUCUGUCUUGCAGGCCCUGCGGAAAGAUGUCAAGUCCCGCAGGGCCCUAGUCUCUUGUGACAGAGCGUUCCACCAGAUAGGAGCCACAGCCGAAAAAGCCCUGGCCCUGGUUGAGGCCAGCCUAACCUCUCUGUGGCCCGGGACCUCCAGGAUGUUUUUGAUGAAGACCGUAAGGUCUUCCAUGGGACAUACCAGGAGAGGCGGUCCCAUAGGUAUGAGGGUCCUAGGCUGUAUAGGGAUUUAAAGGUUAAAACCAGCACUUUGGACCUGAUCCUGCACUCCACCGGGAGCCAGUGCAGCUGGUAUAGCACCGGGUGAAUGUGAUCUCGCAGCGAAGACCCCGUAAGGAGUUUCGCUGCGGCAUUCUGCACCCGCUGGAGUUUCUGGGUCAGUCUCAAAGGCAGCCCCAUGUAGAGUGAGUUACAAUAAUCCAGUCUGGAGGUGACCGUCGUGUGGAUCACAGUGGCUAGGUCAGGGCAAGAGAGGUAAGGAGCCAACUGCUUAGCUUGGCGGAGACGAAAAAAUGCCGCCACUGUUCAUUCCAAGCAGUAUCAGACCACUUUAAGCAGCCAUGGCUUCCCCCAAAAGAAUCAUGGGAACUGUAGUUUUCUGAAGGGUGCUGAGAGUGGUUAGGAGACCCCUUCUUCCCUCACAGAGCUACCAUUCCCAGAGUUCCCUGGGAAGAGGGAUUGAUUUUUAGACCACUUGAUUUGUGCCUGGCUAAGACUCCAUCUGCACUAUGCGUUCAAAGCAGUAUCCAGGCCUGGAUAGCUCCGUUGGUUUGAGCAUGGUACUGAUAACGCCAAGGUUGCAGGUUUGCAUCCCAGAUGGGGCAGCUGCAUAUCCCUGAGGUGAUCCUCAGGAUCCCUUCAAACUUUGAUUCUCUGCUACCAUGGCUUCCCUCAAAAGUAUUUUGUCAGGCACCCCCAAACUCGGCCCUCUGGAUAUUUUGGGACUACAAUUCCCACCAUCCCUGACCACUGGUCCUGUUAGCUAGGGAUCAUGGGAGUUGUAGUCCCAAAGCAUCUGGAGGGCCGAGUUGCCUGUAUUAUGUUAAGGGUAGUAGUUUGUUAAGGGUGCUGAGAGUUGUCCCCUCACAGAGCUACAGUUCCCAGAGUGGUUUGACAGUCACUCCCUCUUCCCUGUGAACUCUGGGAACUGUAGCUCUGAGGGGGCGGGAAUAGGGCUCUGCUAACAACAGCUCCCUUCACACUUGCAAACUGCAGUUUCCAGGAUUCUGAAAGUGGAUCCCUGACUGUGGUAUCUUAGUGCUUUAAAUGUGUCGUGUGGGUGGAGCUCAGUUUCAACCAAUUCACUCAGUCUCAUCCCUUGAAGAAUUAGGGCCUCCAGCCAGCCAGUAUUUCCAAUGGCCAGGAUAAUGGCAGUUGCCUCUCCCAGCCCAACUUGGAGAUGCCAGGGAUUGAACCUACAACCUUCCGAUUGCCAAGCAGGUGCUCUGCCCCUUCCCCAAAAACACUGGAUGGCCGUGAGAAAUUUGAGUUUCUUCAGUUAUGUUUUGGGUAGAAACCUGAUGGCUGUCAUUGGUUGUUAAGAAUUGGAAUCGUUGGGUUUCCCCCCUUUACGGUAUUGUUUAAAUAAAUGUCACUUCGGAUUGAUCCUCUUCCUUUUUCUUUUAAGCCGGCCUGUGUGUAUCACAUCCAGCUGAAGGCUGAAGGCAACGAUCACAUCGAAAGAGCCCUUCCGCAGCACUUUGCAAUCGAGGUAAGCUGCCCUUGGAACCAAAGGUCUGCUUUUCUGGGUUAAGGGAAUACUGCUACCCAUAACAGCACAGUAUAUGUGAUUUAAAAGCAGAAUCACACCACAGUUCACUGGGAAGAGGGAUUGAUAAACUAUUCCAGGAAUUCUAACUCUUGUCAGGGGAAUAGGAGAUCUCCUAACAUCUCUCAGCACUCUUCCCAAGCUACACUUCCAGGAUUCUUUGCGGGGAAGCCAAAGCAGUUUAAAGUGUUAUGAUACUGUUUUAAAUGUUCCAUGUGGAUGGGGCCUGGAUGACUUCCAAGGGUUGUAUCCAGAGCUAUUCCAUGUAAACCCAUUGAAAGGAAUAAAGAUGACUAAGGUCCAGUCAUUUCAGUUCUUAAGUUAAAACCUAGUGCCUACAACCCAAAUCACUUUGGAUUCCCAGCCAUUCUCAUCCCUGACAAUCGGCCACACUGGCUGGGCUGGAUGCACUCAAGUGUCCACCAACAUCUGGAGGGCACCAGGUUGGGGAAGCCUGAUCUUAGACUCUGAGUGAAUUCGGGGCUCUGCUUUUGCUACAAUGGACAGAAUCAUCUCCCAGCAUCUACUUAACUGGCGUAAUAAGGCCACUCCACAGAAGCCAACUUAAAUGGGCACCAAAGGACAGGGGCGGGGGAGAUGGUUUCACAGGUCACUAGCAAGGAAGGACUGUAUUUCUGCAUCCAAACAGUUUUUCCAUGCAAGAGGCUUCUGUUCAGCCUGGUCAAACAACAAGACAGUUUUUGGACUACUGGAUUCACGGUCUAUUUAGUUUCAUGCAGAGUUUUCAGACCAUAAAAAAAGAGAGAGAGGGAGAAACAUCAGGAAUUAUACAGACCAUUUAUAAUCGCUGUUUGGGAAGCUAGUCAUUUGCAGAGGCCCACUGAGUAAGGAAUAAGGGCAGGCAGAAUAGAUCAGAGCAUCAGAGAUAAAUAACUAUACAACUUUUGGAAGGCAGCUCUGUAUACGGAAGUUUUUAAUGUUUGAUGUUUUAUUAGGCGUUUAUAUUUGUUGGAAGUUGCCCAGAGUGGCACAAGGUUUAUAAAAUGGUUUAUCAUGCAUGGCAAAAGUGGGCAAGAGGAUUUUAUUCUCCCUUCUCCACCCAUAACCCAUGAGCAGAGGUUGGGGGACCUCUGGUCUAAGAAAUUACCCAUUCUGGCAGAGGGAGAUGAAAUCGACGUUCUGUUUAUAUCCUUCUCCUCCCUGCUGUCUCAAGGUGCGUUGCAGCAGUUUUGAAAUCCGCUCCCGCGUGAUGCAGGAACAGCCACCGAUUCGUAUCACUUUAGAAAAGGAUUAGACAGAUUUAGGGAGGCUGAGCCUGCUGGUAUCCACUAGCCAUGGUGACGAAAGUUCUGCCUCCACUGUCAAGAGUCACUGCGCCUCUGAAUACCACCUGUGGGGCAUCACAAGCAGGGAGAGCGCUGUUGCACUGAGAUCUUGGUUGCAGCCUUCCUGCAGGCACCUGAUUGGCCUGUUCCAGCAGUUGCUCUUCUCAUCUAAGAAGGUCCCAAGUUGGAUCUCAGGUAGGGCUGGGAGACACCCCACUCUGUGAAACCCUGCUGUCAGUCCAUGUGGACAAGACUGUCCCAGGUGGACUAAUCUGCUGAGUUGUGAUAAGGCAGCUUCCUGUGUAGCCAUUGUGGCUAACGGCCAUUGGUAUGCCUCUUCUCCAUGAAUCAAUGCCCUUUAAAAGACAUCCACGUUGGUGACAAUCACCAAGUCCAGCAAUAACAAAUUCUAUACUUCAUGUUCUGCGUCAACAACUACUAUUUUAUGAUCACAGACAAUCGUAUCGUUUAUCUUCCUGGGUUCUAGCAUUAAGGGAGUAUCAUUCUUUCGCUUUAGCAUUCUAAAUCACUGCCCUUUUGUGAUGGAAUCAGAGGUGGGGAAAUCACCGGCAAUUGCUGCCUAAUUCCUUAUUUCGGUUUUAGGAGUUGAGUCUGAGGAAUACAUUUCAGGGAACUCAUACCCGGUUCUUCUCCAAAAAAGCUGAUUUGUGCAUGGCCUCCCCCCCCCCCCAUACACGAAGGAGGACAUAUUUUUCAGCAGUGCCUGAAAUGCAGCGUGAAUGUUCAUUUUUACGGCCGAGGGAGCUGAUCAGAGAGCUGAUAUGAGCAGCAUAUUUAAUCCGAAGCCUUCCAUCUGGCCGGUGUUAAAGGAACCUUCCCCCCCACCCCACCUUCCAUAUUGUAGGUUGGCAGCAAUGACAUUGAGGACGUGAAUAUCAUCGCUUUCCGCCAAAUUAACCAAUUUGAUCUAAGUGGCAACGUGAUCACUUCCUCGGAGCAUCUGCCUACCUUAUGGGUGAGUGCACCUCUUUCCAGUUGUUUUUGAGAUUCCUCAGUGUGACACCCCCCCCCCCCCCCGGGCAUGGAUUUAUUAAAGGCAAUCCCUCUUCAUUCUUGUGCAUUGUGAAUUUUUGAGGGAAUAUUUUCUGGGGCCUUUUGUGGGCACCAGAAGAGGUAUUGGCAGGGGCCCUGGUGCCCAUGCGUACCACGUUGGCAACUCUGCAGUUAGAGCCAAAGGGCCUUGGGAAGAGACAGAACUGAGGAGGGGGAUGAGAUUGCCGCCAUCUUAACCAUCCCAGUAAAAGCUGUAUGCCUUUUUCUCUGUCUUCUCCCCUCACAGGUGAAGCUUUACAAAAGUGAGAACCUUGACAACCCAGUCCACACCGUCUCGCUAGGCCAGUCUCUGUUCUUCCACUUUCCACCAUUGCUCCGGGACAGAGAGGUAUUAUUUUCCUUCUUUCUACCUAGUUAUGCGACCCCCGAGCACGAGAAGCCAAGUUACAGGGAACCAGGCAGAGGGCCUUCUCGGUAGUGGCGCCCUCCCUGUGGUCCGCCCUCCCACCAGAUGUCAAAGAGAUAAACAACUACCAGACUUUUAGAAGACAUCUGAAGGCAGCCCUGUUUAGGGAAGCUUUUAAUGUUUGAUGUAUUAAAGUAUUUUAAUAUUUUUUUGGAAGCCGCCCAGAGUGGCUGGGGAAGCCCAGCCAGAUGGGCAGGGUAUAAAUAAUAAAUUAUUAUUAUUAUUAUUAGAUCAGAAAGUGCUUUAUAUUGAGGCAGACCACUGGUUCAUCUAGCUCAGCACUGUCAACCCCAGUGGUCUUCAACUGGUCCAUACCCAAGGCCCACCUCUGACUCCCAAGCCUACAGCACAGGGCCUACUUUCACAUACUCACUUUUGAUUUAUACCUAAUAGUGUAAAUAAGGCACAUUAUUAAUCCUCAAAUGGCAGUUCCCCGAGCCAUUUCCGUAGUGUUGCCCUAGCUUUGCUACUAAAUGAAAACCAGAUGUCUUUUACACUUGUCCCUAGCCAAACAAUGGAGAAGCUAUUGAAAACCAGUGAUUUGGGGUUUUUCCAAAAACAAGACUCAAGAUGGCAAAUGCUACACAACCAAGCUUCCCACCUCAGUGGACGCUUCUAUCCCUGCUCCGUAGAGAACUCCCUGGCUACACACAUUACUGUAGGAGUAGCCAGAAAUAUCUUUCUGGUUGUAGAAGUCUCUUGACGCUUUGCAGCACUCGUAGAAAUAGAUGAAAUGAGUUUCUCAUCAGAAGAAUGUGUCUAGCCCAGACGCCACAGGGAGUGCUUUUUUCGUUUGGUUAGCUGUAGCCGGAGUCCCAUUUGGCAACAACAGCUUUACCGUGACCCGGCUGGGAUGGCUUUGUGGAGCCAACUGGGCAUCCUGACAGAUUGAAGACCCAUGACUUAGGGCCAAGUGCACAGACAAACUGGAAGAUCGUGGUUCUCCUGUUCAGCUUUGCAUUGUGGUAUUUAUCUUGCUGGCCCAUUAACUCAAGGUUGGGAAUGCAAGCGAUGCAGGCUCCAGGUUUUGGGGAGCAGCAGAAUGGGGCCUUCUCUCCUUGCCAACUCUCACCACAACCUGUUUGCUUUCCCCUCAUGGCUGGGUACACCCCCCCAAACUGAAUGCUAGCAGUUCCCUCUUGUUCUUUCAUUGGCAGAAUUAUGUGGUACUUUUGGACUCGACACUUUCCAGGUCCCAAUACGACUACACCUUGCCUCAAGUUUCAUUCACCACCCUCGGGUACCAUAAACACAUCACCUUGGUUUUCAAUCCUACGGUAAGCAUCUUCUGGCCAGCCUGUUCUGCAAAUGUGCAAGGGAAAAUUCUGUUGGGGUUCCCUUUUCAUUUCCAGCUCUUCUGCUUUCCUAGCUCUCAAUAAAGUUGGGUCUUGCUUUGUUUCCAAGGGAAGAUUUUUGGCGCUUUAUAAGUGAUCUAACAGCCAGGUACCUGGUUCAAUUCAAAGAAACCGCUGCCCCCCACCCAAAAGUUUCAAAACAGCGGAUUCAAAAUGAAAUCCGAUCAUAUCCAAAAUAAAUGAAAACUUGCUCCUCGAUCUCCGAAAGCAUCAUGCAACAUUUUGUUACAAUAUCUUAAGAUGUGUCCCAAUACAUAGCAAACAAGCAGCUUUCCAAAAUGGAUAAUGAUGAUGAUGAAAUUAAGCAACUGCCCUGCAAGUGUGCAUUUCAGGGGAAGAGGAGCAACGGCUGUCAAGCACAUACUUCUUGACCUUUCCAUUGAGCAACCGCAACAAAACUCCAAAGCAGCCUUUCCCAGCCUUUGGUUCCCAGAUGUUGUUGGACUACCGCUCCCAUCACCCCUAAGUGGCAGGGCCAGUGGUCAGGGAUUAUAGGACUAAAAACAUGGACAGACCAAAGACUGGGAAAGGUUACUCGAAAGGGCAAUCACACUUUGGGAGGGAGGAAAACUGCUACACAAUACCUUUUUAAAAAUUUAUUUUUUUAAACAAAGGGACGAAUCGUACUAAGAGUGUUCUGUAGGAACUAACAGCCACGCACCUUUGACUUGUUUACAGAGAAAGCUGCCUGAGCAGGAUAUUGCGCAAGGAUCUUACAUCGCCCUGCCAUUAACGCUGCUGCUUCUGUUAGCUGGUUACAACCAUGAUAAGGUAAAAUGUCUCUCUGUGUGUAAGUGUAAGUAGUUCUGCAGUUUUACUCUUUUCAGGAGCCAAAUGUGACCUCUCUAGACUUCUCUGUCUGGGGCUUGGGAACUCUCCCCAGACCACCACUCCCCCACUUUCCCCAGGUCAUACGCCUCACCAGCCUCAUUUGGCACCAUGCUAAAGUGGCAUUGCCUGGCUGGAAUAUGUCCUUGAAGUUUGUUAAUGCCCCUCACUUGCCUAGAUGGGAGGGUAGAGAGGGGCUGUCAUUGGAAGCAGUAGUCUAUUGAACAAAGGUAAAAUUUACAUUAAUUGCUCCACCCACUUUUGCCUUUGUCCCCACCCAUUGCUGACACAUAUCCCCUGCUCAGCAGGAAAUGUGACUCUUGGGCUGAAGAAAAAAAAGAGGUUUCCUCACCCUGUCUUUAAUGAUUAUAUCAUGCCAUUGUUGCUGUAAUGGUCCAUCAUGGUCAUCUGCAUUUUUCUGCCCCCUCUCCAGCUGAUCCCCCUGCUGCUCCAGCUAACCAGCCGUCUCCAAGGGGUGCGGACGCUGGGGCAGGCAGGUUCUGACGCAGGGAGCCUUGAGGACAUGAAGAGGCAAGCCAAGAAGCAGAAGAUGAGGCGGACAUGAGGCGAAAAGAGCUCCUGUCGUGCUAGAGUCAUGGCGUUUUCGACCAGCAUAGCUCCUAAACAGGACUGAAUCCUGGGACCUGAGGAAGGCAUUUGUUUACAUUAGGGUUCCAUCCCAGAUGGAAUAUCACAGUUGCUUUUUUAAAAAACAGCGACGAUGAACCAACAGGAUUUUGAUACGGAGAACAUCAUCCUCACUGGAGGCAGUUGCGGGGGGAACUUAUUGGAGAUAACACCUUAUUAUAUUUUGCCUCGGUUUUACAAGAAUGGCAGCCAAUAAAACCUGAUUUCGCCUCCCAGGCUGUUCAAUUUGGUUUCAGUUUUAAUAUUUUACCAUUGC